UAAAUCGAUAUCAGCAGAACUUGUUUUAUGACAAAUUCAUUCUCUAGCUCUUUAACCCUUUCAGUAGGAACGAUUUGAAGUAUUGUUUCUAUUCCUCGCGCAGUCUUGCCAAAUCUUCAGAGAUGGCCUGUGUAUCCUGUUAAUCAGGAAAUAUAUUUAUUUCUAUAUCCUUCAAACAGUCAUAAAAAUUACAGUGCCAGUUGGACUGUACAACCAGGAAACUGGGGGCAUUUGAAUGUGUUUCAUGUCAAUUAGGCCUACUUUCACCAUCAGAUAGUUACAACAACAUUGUUAAAUUUAACCAAACGUAGCAUGCACGGGUCGUGACAUCGACAAUGUAUAUAAAAGCUGUACUUAAAUUUGCCUCCUCAUUUUCCAUCUCGCAAAGAGCAAUGUUGGUACAUGUUUUCAGUGAAAAAGACACAAGGAAAAUGAGUCUGUGAUAGAUUGGUGAAUAAAUAAGUACAUCAGCAACUUGUCAUGGACGCCAUGUUCAACAUGAGAUCAGGGAGUUCUUUCUCUGUGACGUUUGCCAUCCUCGCUUUCUUUGCCUUCGGAUGCAAGUUCCAAGUGGCUGCUUUAGUUCGUUUGGUAGGCGGUUCAGACUCCAUGGAAGGUCGAGUGGAGGUGUUCUGGAACGGUGCUUGGGGGACAGUCUGUGAUGACCUCUGGGAUAUACAAGACGCAACCGUUAUCUGCCGGGAACUGGGUAUUGGAGAAGCUUAUGCGGCUCCCAUUCGAGCUGCAUUUGGUUGGGGGACCGGAGACAUACUGUUGGAUGAUGUUGGUUGCACGGGUAACGAGGAGACGGUGUUUGAUUGCCCGGCACGAAGUCUGGGAGACCACGACUGCAGGCAUAGCGAGGAUGCCGGGGUUCGAUGUACUGGAGACCGACCCGUCAUAAUCUGCCCAUCUAAUCAGACGAUCGUGUCAGAUUCAAACCAGACCUUCGCUACGGUCAACCUACCUGGUCCUGCCGCUUCGUACCACAGCAGCCUUGGACGGCUCGAAAUCACUAUUGACGUGGAUGGUUCUACGCGUCGUGUUAAUGACGAAGUCAGAUUGAGUAUUACAAACUCUCCACACCUAUUGCAAUACACUGCGAGUGAUGCAAACAAUACUGCGACGUGCAGCACGCAAAUCUCCGUUCUUGGGAUAGGCGUUCGUUUGGUAGGCGGUUUAGACUCCAUGGAAGGUCGAGUGGAGGUGUUCUGGAACGGUGCUUGGGGGACGGUCUGUGAUGACGACUGGGACCUACGAGACGCAACCGUUAUCUGCCGGGAACUGGGUUUUGGAGAAGCUUAUGCGGCUCCCCAACGAGCUGCAUUUGGUGAGGGAACCGUGCACAUAGUGUUAGAUAAUGUUGAGUGCACGGGUAACGAGGAGACGGUGUUUGAUUGCCCGGCAACAAGGGGAUCGGGACACAACUGCUGGUAUGACGACGUUGCCGGUGUUCGAUGUACUGGAGAUCGACCCGUCAUUAUAAUCUGCCCAUCUAAUCAGACGAUCGAUUCAGAUUCAAACCAGAACUUCGCUACGGUCAACCUACCUGGUCCUGCCGCUUCGUACCACAGGAGCCUUGGACGGUUCGAAAUCACUAUUGACGUGGAUGGUUCUACGCGUCGUGUUAAUGACGAACGGUUCAAGAUGGACUAUACAGUCUUCUCCACAACCCCUGACAACUCGAAGGUGUUGCAUGAUGCAAGAGCUAGGGGUUGA